AUGGAAGAGGCUUCCACUUCUCAGAACAGCAGCCUUGAAGCAUCCACUAGACCUUACCACGUUUUUAUCAAACAGCGUGGGCCGGACGUGAAGUAUACUCUUGCCAGCACCAUAGAUUUUUGCCUCAGUGACAAGAGGUUGAAUGUGUUUUUUGAUAAUACUGAGUUUCGGGCAGGACAGAUUUUAUCGCCAACGAUAAUAGAAGCAAUUCGAACUUCUUCAGUCUACUUUGCCAUUUUCUCUCCCAGAUAUGCCGAAUCGUACUGGUGCUUAGAAGAACUCCGUCUAAUGCUCGAAACUGGUCGUAAAAUUACUCCCGUAUUUUAUGGCGUUAGACCUAAAGAUCUUAGUCAGCAGAGAGAUGAUAAAGGAAUCUAUGCACAAGCAUUGAGCGAGUUUCAGAUCAAAGAUCACUCACUAAUCUCUCAAUGGAGACAAGCCCUUAAACAAGCAUCCAAUAUUUCAGGGUUGGAACUGAAUUCAGAAAAGUUUGGUGGGGACCAAGGAAAGCUCGUGGAAGCUAUUAUCGGCCAAGUUAUGGAGUAUGUUAGGAUGGCAAGCGUGGAGUUUCCUGAUAGCGGUCUCCUAGGCCUAAAAGAUGCAGUCAAGAAUUUCAAAGCCUUCCUGUCCGAAUGCAGCAAACAGAAUGAGAAAUAUGUUAAGAUUGUGGGAAUUGUUGGAGUUGCGGGUUCCGGGAAAACAACUUUAGCGGAAAAUUUAUAUUAUGGCCAGCGAUAUUCAUUCAACAGAUCCAGUUUUAUCUUUGGCGUGAGCAAAGCGUCUAAACGAAAUGGACUGGCAAGCCUGCAGAGGCAGCUCUUGAAGGACCUCACGAAUGACUCAUCAGUUGAAAUUAACAAUGUAAGUCUUGGUAAAGAGAUUCUUGCAGAUCGUGUACAUUACCUCAGUCGCAGAAGAUCACUGAAAUUUCUGAUUGUAAUCGAUGACGUUGAUCAUCGAGAGCAGUUAGAUGCUCUUCUCCUCAAAGAUAAUGCCUUGGGCGCGGAAAGCUGCGUUAUAGUCACAUCCCGUGACAAGGCCAUCCUCAAUCUUUCAAGAAUCACACUACAGUAUAAAAUGCAACCCCUGAGUAGGGACGAUGCUAGAAUGCUCUUCUCUGCACACGCCUUUCCCAGAUCUGAAAUAAUGUCUGGAUUUGAGGCUUUGGUGGAUAUAGCUUUGGAAAAAUGUAGCGGUUUCCCCUUAUUUCUCAAGGCUAUGGGGGAGCAUCUCCAUUUGUAUGGAAGGAACAACAAAGAAUAUUGGAAAAGCCAGCUAGAGAUGAUCUCUCAAGUACCUGAGAUUGUCCAUGCCUGCUACGGCGGCCUUGGAGACGAGGAGAAGCAGAUAUUUCUAGAUAUUGCUUGCUUUUUCGUCGGAAUAGAAAGGAAUCGUCUCAUACGCAUUUGUGCUGGAUCAGGAUGGAGAUUUGUACGUGCCCUUCAAAAGCUGGAGUACCUGUCACUUAUUGAAACCGAUGAAAAGGAUCGGGUAAAGAUGCAUGAAUCUCUUUGUAAUUUGGGAAAACAUAUGGCAGAGCAGCAGCUCUACGAGUCCCCCCAUCUUCCUAAUCGCCUGUGGCGUUCAAACGAAGCUGCAAACUUCUUUGGAAAUCUACUAGUGUUACCGGAACAUACAAAAUGCAGGGUAAUGACGAAGCCUACCUAUCCUGGGCGCUAUGAAAGAGGAAAACUGAAAAUAGAACUGCUUGAUGUAGAUGAUGAAAAUGAAGAAAUUAAGGAAGUUGAAUCAGAGAAGUUUGAGGCUGAAGAUCUUUCUGAUGGUGUUAAAAUAAUUGAUUUUAAGCCUGAUAAAAUUGUGCUAGAUAAUCAACCGGUUAAUACACAAACUAAGCCUGAGAUUAUCCCUGAUGAUGAUGAUACCGGUAAUAAUAAUGAUGAUGUUGGUGCUCCUGACAUUGUAAAUAUACAUGAUAUGAUGUUGAAAUUUUUGAGCAACAUGAACAAGAACAAGGACAGGUAA